UGAAGCUGCUGUUCAGUGGACGUUUGGUCAUGUCUGGACUGCAGGGUGUUGGACUGCUGCUGCUGUGGGGCAGCGCCUGCCUGGGGCCGCCCGGCCUGGUCCGGGGGGCUCUGGUCAUUUCUGGAGACAAAGUAGCUCUGCAGGAGCCAAGAGGCGCUGCCAAAUCACUGCAGAAAAGAAGUACAAGUGAGGACAUGGUGGAGGUGUACAGUGUGAGGGUGGACUGCACCGUGACGUCUCGUUUCGCCCACACUGUCAUGACCUCCAAGGCUCUGAACAGAGCUAACUCCUCCCAGGAAAUCUUCUUCGAGGUGGACCUGCCCAAAACCGCCUUCAUCGCCAACUUCAGCAUGGAAAUCGAUGGUCAGAUGUACGUUGGCGAUAUAAAGGAGAAAGAGAAAGCUAAGAAACAAUAUGAGAAGGCUGUUUCCUCUGGACAGACUGCUGGACUGGUGAAGGCUUCAGGAAGAAAGAUGGAGAAGUUUUCAGUGUCUGUCAACAUCGCAGCUGAAAGUAACGUGACGUUCAUUCUGACCUACGAGGAGCUCCUUCAGAGGAAGCUGGGCCGGUAUGAGAUUCUGACCCGAGUUAAACCCAAACAACGGGUCCAGGAGUUUCAGAUUGUGACCAACAUCUAUGAGCCUAAGGGUAUUUCUUUUGUGGAUGCCCAUGCAACCUUCCUCUCCAAUGAGUUGCUCCCCCUGGUGGAUAAACGCGUCACCGACAAUAAGGCCCACAUCUCUUUCUCACCAACUAUGGAGGAACAGAGGAAGUGUCCAGAUUGUGAAGGAACUCUCAUCGACGGAGAUUUUCUCGUCACGUAUGACGUGAACCGAGCAAAGAGCCAGUGGGACAUUCAGAUUUGUGAACGGAUACUUUGUGCACUUCUCUUCCCCCCGACGCCCAAGAGUCCCAGAGAUAGAACACACGGGGAAGCUAUGCUGGCCAUCCUCAAAGACCUCCACGAGGACGACCACUUCUGCCGUCAUCCCCAUAACCAAUAUUCAAGCGAUGCAGUGUUGGAGAGGGGUGAAACAUGGCUGGCCAAAGACAGGCAGGAGGAGAAACUCCCAGGAGAGGAGCAUCGAAUCAUGAUUAUUUUAAUCACUGAUGGGAUGCCAAACGCUGGGUGUGGAGCGUGCAGAUUUGGUGUGCAUAGGAUAAAGCAGGGUAGGCUGGGGCUCGGGCUGCUUGGUAGCCUGGCCUUGGCGUCUCCUUGCCAUGUGGUCUUGGAUGUUUUUGCGGAGGACUCCGAAGGACCUCCAAAAGACUCCAGACGGGAGACCCCUCGAAAGGGUCCUGGGACCAGAGCAGGAAAGGGGGCCAAAAGUGGGCCGCCCUUCCUGCUCUUGGACGGUCGGGACCUGCGUUAUCCUGAGGAACGCAGUGCGGACUCACCUGACGCUAACCACUACAGCUACAGCCAGCUGUUUAACGGCUCAGAGAUCGUGGUGGCAGGUCGACUCACCGACAACGACCUGGACAACUUCAUGGUGGAAGUAUUCGCUCAGGGGUUUGAUGAGGACUUUAAAGUGCAGGGCCAGGCCAGUGUUGAGGAUUGGGACGUGUUGUACCCAGAUGAGGAGUACAUCUUUGGGGAUUUCACAGAGCGUCUGUGGGCCUACCUCACCAUCCAGCAGCUACUGGAGACAAGCAAGAGUGGUACCCCAGAGGAGAAAUCCAACGCCAGUGCCAAGGCGCUGGACAUGUCUCUGCAAUACAGCUUCGUCACGCCUCUCACCUCCAUGGUGGUCACCAAGCCUGACACUGAGGAUGGACCAGACAGCCCUUUCAUUGCAGAUAAACUGACUGAGGAGCAAAGACAAAAGGAAGAACGAGUUGGAUAUCAACAAUAUUCACAGGUUGCAGCCCUCCUACCUGUUUCAAAUUAUUACCAUUCAGCACCCACAUAUUUAGUGGAUGGAGAUCCUCAUUUCUUGAUUGAGCUUCCUGAAAGGGACGACGCGCUGUGCUUCAACAUUAACAACAAACCAGGAACCAUUUUCAACCUGGUCAGAGACCCAAUACCAGGUAUUUUGGUCAAUGGUGAGACCAUCGGAGAGAAGAUGAUUCCCCCUGAUGGUCAAAUUAACACCUACUUUUGGCGUUUUGGCAUCGUCCACCAGUCUCUGGGGGUAAGGCUGGAGGUGAGCACUCAGGACAUCGUGGUGCUCCAGGAUGGCAAACGGGUCAAACUGCUGUGGUCUGAUACAGCUUCUGUCAAAGGAACCAAUGUGGAUCUUCUCUUGACCAAGGAUCGCAGCCUAACGGUGACUCUAAAGGAUUCGGUCAAGUUUGUCGUCCUGCUCCACAAAGUGUGGGCGAAGCAUCCGUAUCAUCGGGACUACUUGGGUUUCUACACCCUGGACAGCCACCUCCUGUCCCCUGUCGUUCACGGCCUGUUAGGUCAGUUCUACCAUGGGAUUGAAUAUGAGGUGUCCGAGCUGCGUCCGAGUGAGGUCCCAGAGAAACCGGACGCCACCAUGUAUGUGAAAGGCCGGGAGCUCAAUGUGACCAGAGGCUGGCAGAGAGACUUUAGGAAGGAUGUGAAGAAUGGAGAAAAUGUUCCCUGCUGGUUCGUUCACAGUAACGGAACAGGCCUCAUCGAUGGAGAUGCAACAGACUACGUUGUUUCAGGCCUUUUUAAAACUGUAUAAAAACAGGUUAGGCUACACAAUGUCCAUCAAAUAAAUAAUAGUUCAUACAAUAACAAAUAUGCCUGUUUUACACCAUGAAUGACCCAACAUCUUGUUCCCUUGGGCAAACAGACUUCAUUCACAGCAUUAUAUUGACAGUUUCACAGUUUCUAUCAGUGCAAUUCCGGGUCUUAUAAAAAUGGACACUAUCCCAAAAAAGUGUGAGGUGGGAUAAACCUCAGAAAUAAAUUGUACUGAAAACAA